UACACAUGUCAACAAGUGCUACGAAAUGUGGAAUAAUUGUUUAAAUAAAUCAUUGUGUCUUUUGUGCAUUAUCUCUUUGGCAUUACGUAAUACGCAUGGAGCUGUUAACGCAGCUCAAAAAAAUGUGCUCUUGUUGUUGGCUGAUGAUGCAGGAUUUGAAAUGCGAUCCUACUUGAAUAAAAUAUGUCAAACUCCUAAUUUGGAUAAAUUAGCAAAAGAGAGUCUAUUGUUCAAUAAUGCAUAUACAUCAGUCAGUAGCUGUUCACCAAGUCGCUCUGCAAUAUUAACUGGAUUACCAAGUCAUCAAAAUGGAAUGUACGGUCUUCAUCAUGGAAUUCAUCAUUUUAAUUCUUUUGAUGAUGUUCAAAGUUUGCCAAAAAUAUUGAAGAGAAACAAUAUACGAACAGGAAUUAUUGGCAAAAAGCAUGUAGGUCCAAGUGAUGUUUAUCCAUUUGAUUUUGCACAUACAGAAGAGAAUAAUUCUAUUCUUCAAGUAGGUCGUAAUAUUACUUAUAUAAAACUGUUAGUUCGUGAAUUUCUUGCAGUUCAGAAUAAAACACAACCUUUCUUUUUAUAUAUUGCCUUUCACGAUCCACAUCGUUGUGGCCAUACUCAUCCAGAGUAUGGCAAUUUUUGUGAGAAAUUUGGUAAUGGUGAUGUUGGAAUGGGUACAAUUCCUGAUUGGAAUCCAAUAUAUUAUCAAUGGGACCAAGUUAAAGUACCAUAUUAUGUUCAAAAUACCGAAGCUGCUAGAAGAGAUAUUGCUGCCCAGUAUACAACAAUAUCUCGUUUAGACAAAGGUGUCGGCCUCGUUCUUGAAGAAUUAAAAAAUGCAGGAUUCAAGGAUAACACAUUGAUAAUUUACACGUCCGAUAAUGGCAUACCUUUCCCAAAUGGUCGUACGAAUUUAUAUGAUCCAGGUAUAGCUGAACCGAUGAUAAUUUCAUCACCGAUUCACGGCCACAGAAAAAAUAGUGUGACAUACAGUAUGACUUCUUUACUGGAUAUAGUACCAACAAUAUUAGAUUGGUUCAAUGUAACUUACGUGGAUUACUUGUCAAACUCCAAUGAAGUAUCUACUCCACACCUUACUGGCAAGUCGCUUCUACCAUUACUUCUUGAAGAACCCAUAGAAAAUAAUACGGCGAUCUUUGCUAGCCAAACGCACCAUGAAGUCACCAUGUACUAUCCCAUGCGUACAAUUAGAACAAAACGCCACAAACUGAUACAUAAUAUUAACUACAGAAUGCCAUUUCCUAUUGAUCAGGACUUUUAUGUAUCUCCGACUUUCCAGGACAUUCUAAAUAGAACACAAAGUCAUCAAUUUCUGCCAUGGUAUAAAACAUUAAAGAAAUAUUAUCAGAGACCAGAAUGGGAAUUGUAUGAUUUAAAAUAUGAUCCAGAGGAAUUAAAUAAUAUAGCUUCAAAAUCGUCUGCAAAGAGUAUAUUCAUUGAACUUAAAGAAAGAUUGUAUAAUUGGCUGAAAAUAACAAAAGAUCCAUGGCUUUGUGCACCAAAUGGUGUUUUGGAAAAUGUUGGACAUAAUGCUCAAUGUAUGCCUUUGAACAAUUUCGAUUAUUGACAUUUGUUCCAAAUAUUUGUCAGUAAUUAUUAUAUGAACAUACAUUUCUUCUUUCUCCGUUUUUACAAUUCCUUUUUACAUUAUAUUUUAUGAAUAACAAUAAAUAUUCAAAGUAAAUUACAAAGAAAAAAAGAAACAUUUAAUAUAAUCCUAUAAUUUUUAACAUUAUUUAAAUAAUAAAUAAUAAUAAUGAAUGUUGUAAUUUAAUACAAUAAUAUAAUGUAAGUUUUGUUACAGUC